AUGCGAGAAUGUAUUAGCAUCCAUAUCGGCCAAGCUGGCGUCCAAAUGGGCAAUGCCUGCUGGGAACUGUACUGCCUGGAACAUGGUAUCCAACCCGAUGGAAUGAUAGGCUCAAAAGGAGAUUCCCGUAUCAAUGACGACUCCCACACCACUUUCUUUAGCGAAACUGGUGUUGGAAGGCGCGUGCCUCGUGCCAUCCUUGUUGACACUGAGCCCACUGUUGUGGAUGAAGUUCGCACUGGUAAAUAUCGUCAACUGUAUCACCCUGAGCAACUAAUCUCCGGAAAGGAAGAUGCUGCAAAUAACUAUGCUCGUGGCCAUUAUACUAUUGGAAAGGAACACAUUGAGAACGUUUUGAACCGCGUCCGAAAGCUGACAGAUCAAUGUAAUGGACUUCAAGGCUUUUUACUCUUUCAUUCUUUCGGAGGAGGAACUGGAUCCGGUUUCACUUCCCUCCUUAUGGAGAGGCUGAGUAUUGAGUACGGCAAGAAAUCAAAGUUGGAAUUCUCAAUUUAUCCAGCCCCUCAAAUCUCAACGGCUAUUGUCGAGCCCUAUAACUCGAUUCUUACCACCCAUACCACAUUGGAGCACUCCGAUUGCUCAUUCAUGGUCGAUAACGAAGCCAUUUACGAGAUUUGCAGACGCAAUCUAGAUAUAGGUUGGCCUUCGUAUGUUAAUCUGAAUCGACUUAUUAGUCAAAUUGUUAGUUCCAUUACGGCGUCUUUGCGUUUUGAAGGCGCUCUUAAUGUUGACUUGACGGAAUUUCAAACAAACUUGGUCCCAUAUCCUCGUAUCCACUUCCCUCUUGCCACAUAUGCGCCUAUAAUUUCAGCCGAGAAGGCUUACCAUGAGCAAAUGAGCGUUUCCGAGAUUACGAACGCCUGUUUCGAGCCUGCAAAUCAGAUGGUUAAAUGCGACCCUCGUAAUGGCAAGUAUAUGGCUUGCUGUCUUCUCUAUCGUGGUGAUGUGGUACCAAAAGAUGCCAAUGCGGCUAUUGCGGCAAUAAAAAAUAAAAGAAACAUCCAGUUUGUUGAUUGGUGUCCUACUGGUUUUAAGGUGGGAAUAAACUCAAAGGCACCCAGUGUGGUUCCUGGUGGCGACUUAGCUAACCUAAGUAGGUCGGUGUGUAUGCUGAGUAAUACGACGGCCAUUUCUGAGGCAUGGGCUCGCUUAAAUCGAAAAUUUGACUUGAUGUUUGCAAAACGCGCCUUUGUUCACUGGUACGUAGGUGAGGGAAUGGAGGAGGGCGAGUUUGCUGAAGCUCGUGAAGAUCUCGCUGCCUUGGAGAAGGACUAUGAAGAGGUGGCUUUGGACACAGACCAAACUAUGGACGAAGACGAAGGUGAUUACUAA